AUGCUUGGGCUUUCUCUCGGCGCAGCCGUUGUCGCCGCCGUCAGUGGCUUGCAGGUCACUGACCCGCAGGACUCUAUGCAGUUGAUGGGAUCCCGCGUCGUGUCCGCCCUGGACCCAGAGUUGACCAACACGCUCGGCGAGAAGUUCCAUGUGACUCUGCCUGGGGAGUGGAAUUUGAUUGGGAUCCCCAGGGGGUUCGACCCGUCCGACACAGGAGCUGCGGACUUGGUGGUCAAUGCGACUAUUGAGGAUGUGGGGUUGAAAGAUUGCGACGACCUCCUCAUUCGUAAAGUGUCGGUCUUCGGCCAAAAGUUGGGGAGCAACAUCACAUCUCUGGAAUUUUCGGUCGGCAGCGAUGUCUUCAACGAGACUGCCGCUAUGGGGCUGAUCGUCAACACACCGUCUGGGUCCACCAAUGCCACCGACGAUCCGGCAGCUUUCGUCCAGCUGGUGCCGCAAUGCCAGAUCACGCGUCCUCGGGGCCCCAUCGCGGAGCCCACCAAGAACAGUUUCCGCAAGCGCACGAAGCUCUUCACCGCGGUUUGCUCCUUGGAGAACGGCGCCAACGUGAUCACCGUGACUUGGUCUACCGUGUGGCGCGGAUUCAACGCAGGAAGCGUGUACUACCAGAACGACCUGGAGGUGUUCGUGUCGGGUGUCGGGGACGAUCCUGCAGGCCUCCUUGGCCCAGACGAUCACACGGAGGCCAGCCGGAUGGUCACUGGGUGUUUCAAGCCGCAGCCCGUAAACGGGCCUUUCCAGACUAGGAAGAAGGCCUGA